AUGAAGCUAGUUUGGUCGCCGGAAUUAGCCUCGAAGGCAUACAUCGACACCGUCAAAGCUUGCGAAACCAUCAACGAUUCAAGCGUCGCCGAACUAAUCUCCGCCACAGCAGCAGGUUGGAACGCAACCCUAAUCGUAGAAACAUGGUGUCAAGGCAAUCCAAUCGCAACAAGCAUCGGUUUAACAAUCGCAAGUCAUCACACAAACGGAAAACACAUAUGUAUAGUCCCAAACGAUGAAACCGCCGCCGUUUACAUAGAAUCAAUGAGAAUCUUCACCGGCGAAACGCCGGACAUUUUAAUCGGUAACCCAGAACAAUCGGCGGCAGCCCUAACCGGAAUAGAUUUCUUGGUCGUUGAUUGCGGCGGCGGGAAUGAACUUGUGGAGAUUUUAAGGGUGGCGAAAUUGGGUCAGAGAGGGGCUGUUCUUGUUUGUAAAAAUGCUAACUUGAAAACGCGUUCGGAGUUUCGGUGGCGAUCAGCGUUUGGCGGCGGAUCGCGGCGAGUGGUUAGGACUGUGUUUUUGCCGGUGGGUAAUGGGUUGGAGAUUGCACAUGUGGCGGCGGUCGGAAAUAGCUCCGGCGACGGCGACGGCAACGGGAAGAGACGUAGCCGAUGGUUUAAGCAUGUUAAUCCGGAUUCUGGUGAGGAUUACUUUAUUAGAAAGUGAUUUAAAUAAAUUUAUGUAUUAUUUGUAUAUAUAUUUUGGAUUGAUUAAAAAUGACUAAUUAAACAAUUUU